AUGUCGCACACAUUGAACGUUCAAUGGGUAUCGGAUGAUGGGGAAGAAAUCCAAGUGAAGGAGGAAGAUGUCGUGUACGAGGAUAUCGAAUAUAUUGAAGAAUAUUCGCUCGACGAACCAAACGCGUCCGAGGGUGCCGUAUCGGUAAACGAGGAAACAAACACAUAUGUGACAAAAAUUGAAACUAUCGACAGUGCGCUGGAUAUGCUUCAGAAUUCAGUAUGGUCUAUCCAGCCACCGGAACAUGCCGGCACAAUGGGACGAAGGCUGGCACAUCCUCGUUCUGUUCCGAUUGGGUUGGCAAAAUCAGCGAAAGGUUUUGCCGAUUGUUUGUCACUUUUUCUCGAUGCAGACGUGAUUGCCAUGAUCACCGAGUACACCAACGAGCAGAUAAAGAUUGAACAACCCAACUAUUCCCGCGAGCGUGAUGCAAACUUAACGGAUGAAACGGAAAUUAGAGCUUUGCUGGGUAUCUUAUUUAUUGCUGGUACGGUGCGCGACGGGCGAGAAAACAUCGAGUAUCUGUUCGACACCAAAAUGGGCACUGGUUUAGAAGCCGUCUAUCUUACCAUGUCCUCUUUGCGGUACCACUUUCUCAUUCGAAACAUUCGCUUCGAUGAUCCGGCAGCAGCCUUAGAAGAAACGGAAGGCGAUAAACUAGCGCCGAUAAGAGCGGUGUACGAGCGAAUAGUAAGCAACUGCCAGAAAUACGUCCGUCCCGGACGUUUCCUCAUGUUGGAUGAGCAGACGAUACAGUUUAAAGGGAAAUGUGAAUUUCGCCAAUUUUUGACGAGCGUGCCUGGCGGGGUGGGAUUUAAAUUUCAUCUAUUAGCAGACUGCGAAACUUCGUACAUAAGCAAUUUGGAAAUGUUAGUACCUGAUAAUCAAAAUCCGUUCAACUUGAGCUACGCACCGAUCGAUGUUGCCAUGCGAUUGACGGAACCGAUACAAGGCAAGCAGAAAACGGUCGUACUCGGUCCAUCAUUUACAUCACCCGAGCUGAUUAAAAAGCUGCACAACAGCCGAACGAUGGUAAUAGGAGAGGUGAAGAAAUCGUACCCGGACAUUCCAAAAGCAUUCGUUUCGAGCAAGGGACGCCCGGAACAUACCACCUUGGCUGCAUAUCACGACGCAGUGACACUGUUGUCGUACGUAACUAAGCGUAAGGAUCUGCUGAUACUCAUGUCCUCUUUCACAGAUAUCGACCCGGAAGUGAGCGAAGAGUCUGAUGAAAUUCAAAAGCAGAACCAACUCUUUCAGCUGGUAGAACUUUACAAUCGCACCAGAAGUACCGGACAAAGCAUCAAGCAGAUGUGUACAAUGUAUGACGUUGUGCGAAGCACUCGCCGGUGGCCGAUGGUCGUGUUUUUCAAUCUCAUGAACCUGAGCGCCAUCAAUGCGUGGUGUAUCUAUCAAUUAAACAAUCCAGACGAGAACAAAAUAGGUCGGCGAGAUUUUCUGGUCAACAUGUCACUAGAGCUUCUACGUCCACAGGCACGAAGGCGGUUGGACAACAGAACAAUAUCGCGUACACUGAAGCACCGUAUCGCCACCUUUCUGGGGAUUAAUCGGGAAGAGUACGAAACCGUCCCGGUGUUUGAGAAUCGGAAAGAUUCGCGAGGCCGUUGUUACUUGUGCAGCAGGGCACGCAAUAAAAGCACACGCAUUUCGUGCAACAAUUGUGGUAAGUUUACCUGCGGUGCACAUUGCGCACAUUUGUGUCGUACAUGCUACAUGGAAGACGGUACGGAAGAACAGUAA